CCCCUGCAGGCUGAUGAGGUGCUGAAGAUGUCCGGCUCCAUUGCCUCGUACGAGCAGCUCGUGCGGCAGGUGGAGGCGCUCAAGAAGGAGAACAGCCACCUGCGGCGCGAGCUGCAGGACAACUCGCACCACCUCUCCAAGCUCGAGAAUGAGACCUCAGACAUGAAGGAGGUUCUGAAGCACCUGCAGGACAAGUUGGAGCAGGAGGCCCGGGUCAUGGUGUCCUCAGGGCAGACGGAGGUCCUGGAGCAGCUCAAAGCCCUGCAGAUGGACAUCUCCAGCCUCUACAACCUCAAGUUCCCAACGGCCAAACUGGUGCCAGAGCUGGCGGAGGAGUUGCUGCUGCCUGCCCCGCGGGGCAAGGAUGGCACCGGGGACCCAGGCCAGGCCACCCUGCGUAUCCUCGAGGAGCUGGACCGCGAGAGGUGCUUCUUGCUGGGCGAGAUGGAGAAGGAGGAGAAGGAGAAGGGCUGGUACUACACACAGCUGCAGAACCUGUCCAAGCGCCUGGACGAGCUGCCGCAUGUGGAAACGUUCUCCAUGCAGAUGGAUCUCAUCCGGCAGCAGCUGGAGUUCGAGGUGCAGCAUAUCCGUGCGCUCAUGGAGGAGCGCUUUGGCACAGCUGAUGAGAUGGUGCAGCGGGCACAGAUCCGUGCGUCGCGGCUGGAGCAGAUUGACAAGGAGCUCAUGGAGGCGCAGGACAAGGUGCAGCAGUCAGAGCCGCAGCUCUGCGCGAAACUGCCGGGCCUGGAGGAGGACAGCGACCUCGACCUGCCCACCCACCCCGAUGAUGGCAGCGGUAGCCUGGGCAGCAGCAAGGUGGAGGUUGUCUUCUGGCUCCUGUCCAUGCUGGCGACACGGGACAAGGAGGACAUGUCGCGCACACUGCUGGCCAUGUCGAGCUCACAAGAGAGUUGCCUGGCCAUGCGCAAGUCAGGCUGCCUGCCCUUGCUCAUCCAGAUCCUGCAUGACUCAGACCACGAGCCGGGGCCGCCCGAGAGUCCCGCGGGUGCCAAGGACGCCCGCAUGCGUGCCAACGCUGCCCUGCACAACAUCGUCUUCUCGCAGCCUGAUGAGGGCCAGGCCAAGAAGGAGAUGCGGGUGCUGCACGUGCUCGAGCAGAUCCGCUCCUACUCGGAGACCUGCUGGGACUGGCUGCAGAUGCAAGGCCACGAGGGGAGCAAGGGACCUGAGGGUGGAGCGGCCCCGGUGCCCAUCGAGCCCCAGAUCUGCCAGGCCACCUGUGCUAUCAUGAAGCUCUCCUUCGAUGAGGAGUACCGACGUGCCAUGAACGAGCUGGGUGGACUGCAGGCAGUGGCUGAGCUGCUGCAAGUGGACUAUGAGAUGCACAGGAUGACGAGUGACCCGCUGAACCUGGCACUGCGGCGCUACGCAGGCAUGGCCCUUACCAACCUCACCUUUGGAGACGUGGUCAACAAGGCCACACUCUGCUCCCGCCGCGGCUGCAUGGAGGCCAUCGUGGCUCAGCUGGCCUCAGACAGCGAGGAGCUGCACCAGGUGGUCUCCAGCAUCCUGAGGAACCUGUCGUGGCGCGCGGACAUCAACAGCAAGAAGGUGCUGCGGGAGGUGGGCAGCGUGGCCGGGCUCACACAGUGCGCGCUGCAUGCCACCAAGGAGUCGACGCUCAAGAGCGUGCUCAGCGCGCUCUGGAACCUCUCGGCGCACAGCACGGAGAACAAAGCUGCCAUCUGUGUGGUGGAGGGUGCCCUGGGCUUCCUGGUGAGCACCCUCACCUACAAGUGCCAGAGCAACUCGCUGGCCAUCAUCGAGAGCGGCGGCGGCAUCCUCCGCAACGUCUCCAGCCUUAUUGCCACACGCGAGGACUACCGGCAGGUACUCCGGGACCACAACUGCUUGCAGACGCUGCUGCAGCACCUGCGCUCACAUAGCCUCACAAUCGUAAGCAAUGCCUGCGGCACGCUCUGGAACCUCUCAGCACGCAGCCCCAAGGACCAGGAGCUGCUCUGGGACCUGGGGGCCGUCAGCAUGUUGCGCAACCUCAUCCACUCCAAGCACAAGAUGAUUGCCAUGGGCAGCGCUGCCGCCCUCCGCAACCUGCUCACCAACCGGCCCCCCAAGUACAAGGAUACAUCUGUCAUCUCCCCAGGCUCCUGCAUGCCCUCCCUCUAUGUGCGCAAGCAGAAGGCUUUGGAGGCCGAGCUGGAUGCAAAGCACUUGGCUGAGACCUUUGACACCAUGGAGAAGCAGAGCCUGAAGAGCCAGAGUGCGAAGAAGCCACUGCGGCACAUGGAGAGCCUGGUGAAGGACUAUGCCUCUGACUCAGGCUGCUUUGAUGAUGAUGAGGUGCCCAAUGUCUCGAGCGGCGUGGAGGCGGCGAACGCCUCCGUCCUCUCCAUGUUCCUCAACUCCUCUUUCCUCCAAGGCCAGGCUCUGCCCCGAGCUCUUGCUCAGAGGAGAUGCCCAGAGCCGGAAAAGGACACAGGCAGCAAGCUGGCCGAGCCCAAGAAGCCACCGUUACCAGAGGACGACGUCUCACUGGCAGCCGAGAAGCUGGCCAACAAGAUCUCCAGCACGGUGGCCAAGAUCGACAAGCUGGUGGAAGACAUCUCCACCAUGCACACAUCCUCAGAUGACAGCUUCAGCCUCAGCUCGGAGGAUCACUGCCUUGACUGGCAGUACGGGGCCGAGGAGGCGCGCGAGGCUCGUGCCCAGUCCUGCUCGCCCUGCCGCCUCUCGGACACCAGCGGCUUCGCCAAGCGGGAGAACCUGAAUCGCGCACGGGCGCUGCUGCGUCUGAAGACGGCCUACACCAGUCUGUCCAACGACAGCCUCAACAGUGGCAGCACCAGCGAUGGCUACUGCACCAAGGAGCACAUGAAACCCUGCACCCGCGCACCCUUCCUUGACUAUCGUGAGGAGCUGCAGCACUACCAGAAGCGGCCCAGCAGGCUUGACCUCAAGAACAUCCUCAGCAGCAAACCCGAGCGCAUUGAGCCACCUGUACCAAAGGCCAAGGACCAGGCAGAACCAGACAAGCUGGAGCAGGGGGACCUGCCUGAGAGAGCCAAGAAGACAGUGACCUUCCCCAGUCCCAAGGCACUGGACAAGGAGCCCGAAUGGAAGAAGGAGGCAGGCAGCAAGCUCCCCUCUGACCCACAGGUGCACACGAUCAAGCUCUCCCCAUCCUACCAGCACAUCCCGCUGCUCGAGAACCUGGCCAAGAGCAGCUCAACCGCCAGCGCUGGGGGCCUGGCCAGUGCUGGCCACCACCCCUCGCUGCUGGGCAGAAAGCAGGCCUGGCUUCCCCCUGCGCUGCUGCAGACAGCCGAUACCCUCAGCAAGAUCCCAGAGAAGCUGGCAGCACACCCGCCUGCCACCGCGGAGCAGGAGUUGGUGCAGAAGUACUCGGUGGAGGACACCCCGAUCUGCUUCUCGCGCUGCAGCUCGCUCUCCUCGCUCUCCUCGGCCGACAACGUGCUAGAUGGGCAGAGUCACAGCGAGAAUGACAUUGACAGUGACUCCUCCCUGGAGAUCAUAGAGAUGGAGGAAGGGAACGGGGAGCCCGAGGAUGGGAGGCAGCAGAAGGAGAAGGCAGUGGAUCGAGGCCCAACCACUCCAGGGGGGAUUUCAAAGCCCAUUAGCAUCCCCUUCCCAAAGCGUGACAAAGUCUUCCUGCGGGAGACAUCCCCGUCACGCCACGAGGACCUCACACCCUCGAGCUCCUCGGAGAACUACAUCCAGGAGACACCACUGGUGAUGAGCCGCUGCAGCUCCGUGAGUUCCCUAGGCAGCUUCGAGAGCCCCUCCAUUGCCAGCUCCAUCCAGAGUGACCCUUGCAGUGAGAUGUUCAGUGGCACCAUCAGCCCUAGUGAGCUACCUGACAGCCCUGGGCAGACCAUGCCGCCAAGCCGCAGCAAGACACCCCUCUUCGAGCUGGGCUGCCAGCCGGAGAAGGAGACCAGCCAGUUCAACAUUCAGUGGGAGAACAAUGUCAAGAAGUUCAUGGAGAUUACAGACUUCAAAGAGCGCUUCCAACUGCCCCAGGACCUGGACUCCAUGGUCUACUUCACAGUGGAGAAACCCAAUGAGAACUUUUCCUGUGCGUCCAGCCUCAGUGCCCUGCCCCUCCAUGAGCACUACGUGCAGAAGGACGUGGAGCUCAAGCUGAUGCCCACCUUCCCAGAGAAAAACAGUCUCAAUUUUGUGGCCCACGAGAAGCGGGAGGAGAGGCGGGAGGAGCGAUUUCUGGAGGCCCGGCGGCGGGCAGACCAUGUGGAGCCCAACUCUGAUGACGACAUUGAGAUCCUCAAGGAGUGCAUCAACUCGGCCAUGCCUUCCCGCUUCUGCAAGGUGAAGACGUCGCUGCUCUCGGGUCAGGUGCUGCACCCGCACACCAAGAAGGCUGUGCACGUGCCCGUCUACAUGCUGGUGCCGGCCUCGUCCCACCCAGGGGUCCCCAGGCAUCUGCAAGUGGCCGCCCGCGACCCCUUCAAGGACGAUGAUUCCUGCACCGACUCUGCGGACGGUACCCCGGUGAACUUCUCCAGCGCCGCCUCGCUGAGCGAUGAGACCCUACGCUACCCAGCCAAGGAGGAGCCCAAACAGCCUCAGGGCCCCCCGAAGAGGAUGGAGAGGAGGGAGGCGGCAUCUGGACAGCGCAGCCAGGCUGAGGGGCAGCGGGAGCCUGGGAAGAGAUCGUCCUCUGGCAGCUCCGCACAGAGCCGUGGUGGCUCGGCCUGCAAGCCCCCAACGAGGGAUGGCGUUAAGGCCAAGCGGGGCCAGGAGCCCUCCAGGAGCAGCGGCAGCCUGGAGCGGGACACGAGGCAGAAAGAUGGGGCCCCUGAAGGCGACGUGGCCUUCCAGUCCCUGUGCCACACGACGCCGACAGAGGAGGCCAUCUACUGCUUCUAUGAGUGUGACUCCGACGAGGCGCCUGAUGUGGUGGGUGGCAGAGCCCGGCCUGGCCAGAGUCUGCGCACAGAGCGACGUGGCAGCCCCGUCUGCCGUCCAGAGCCCGAUACCAGCAAUCAGCCGGUGCCCGGCAAGGCCAAAGCAGUGACCAAGAUGCAGCACAACCUCAUAGCAGACGAGACGCCGCCAUGCUACUCACUCAGCUCCUCCAUGAGCUCCCUGAGUGAUGCCAACCUCUCUGCGGGUGAGGGCUGGGUGCAGCCCCACAGCAAAGUGGCCCAGGCGCGCGCGGUGCUGGGGCUGGCACGCAGCAGCUCCCCCAGCUCACUCAGUCUCCACUCUGAGGACAACCUGCUGCAGAAGUGCAUCGGCUCGGUCAUGCCCAAGCGGAGACGGCCCUCAGUGCAUCGUCGUGCCACCGAGCGCAAGACAAAGCUCAAGGGCUCCAGCACCAAGAGCCUGGGCAGCAGGAAAGCUGAGGGUCAGCAUCACCCCGCCGAGGACGCCGGCUCUGACCGGGGCUCUGACCUGGACAGCGUGGAGUGGAAAGCCAUCCAGGAGGGUGCCAACUCCAUAGUCACCUGGCUGCACCAGGCUGCCGCGUCCCUGUCGCGGGAGGCAUCCUCUGAGUCUGACUCCAUCCUCUCCUUCAUGUCAGGGCUCUCAGUUGGCUCCACCCUGCAGCUCUCCCUGGAGAGGAAGGAGAAGAAACAGGCCCGAGGCCCUGAGGCAAACAAGAGGGAGCGAACCAAGGGCAUCCCACCAGGCAAGAAGGCGAUGGAGCCCCGGGCCGUGGGCGGCCGCAGUGCUGGGACAUCCCGGAGCCCAGCCCCACAGAAGCCCGUGCCCAACCUGCCCGUGGUUUUCCGUGGUAGGACAGUCAUCUACAUGCCCAGCCUGGCCAAGGAUGCCGCCAGCCUACGGUCCACCCCCAAGAAGACAGCGACAGCAGCAGCCAAGGCUGAGAUGACAGCCAAGAAUCUGUCUCUGAGCCAGCAGCGGUCACGGAGCCUUCACCGGCUGGGCAAGGCCUCUGAGCUGGGCGAGCUGGCGCUUCCCAAGCGCAGCACCACACCGCCCGCGCGCAUGGGCAAGGGGCCACCAUCCUCGGGCUCAUCCCGCACUUCUACCCCAUCACAGCCCGCUGGAAAAAAGCUGCCAUCGCCCUCGCAGCUGGCCAAGCUGGGCCCACCACCGGCCGGCAAGGUGGGUGGCACUUCGUCCCCACCAGGCAGAGCUGCAGCGCCCAAGUCACCGGCGCCCAAGCAGCCCAAGACACAGAAGUCACCGGUGCGCAUCCCCUUCAUGCAGAAGCCCAGCAAGAAGGCGCUGCCAGCUCGGGGUGCGCUACCAGCGCUGGAGGAGCACACGGGCAGCAUCAAGGCGUGUGGUGGUGGCACCGGCGGGCGAGCGGGGCCGGCGGGCAGGCAGAUGGAGCUGGAGCGUGUGGCGUCGGCGCACGCCAGAAGCAGCGACACGGAGCGCUCUGGCUUCCUGCGCCAGCUCACCUUCAUCAAGGAGUCGUCCAGCCUGCUUCUGCGGCACCACACGGAGCUGCCGCCAGUGCCAGGCCCUGCGCAGCCGCGCAGCCGCGCUGCCCUGCCUGCUGUCUUCCUCUGCUCGUCCCGCUGCGAUGAGCUCAAGGCAGCCAAGGGGGUGCUGAGGCCAGGCUCAUUGAGCACCCAGGGGCAAAGUGGGGCCAAAGCACCACGGAGAACCAGCUCGCAGAGCCCAUCGCGCCUGCCGGUGAAAAGCAGUGGCAUCGGGACGCCGGAGCCCUUCAAGCGCUACUCAUCCUCACCCAACAUCAGUGUGGCCCGCAGGGCCAGCAGCCCCUCAUCUGUGCGCUCGGCCACCUCCGAGGCCACCGCACCACGUCGGGCACGGCAGCCCCUUGAGCCCCCGACAGCACCAAAGGCACCCACAGCGAUGAUGAAGGGCACGUGGCGGCGGAUCCGUGACGAGGACAUUCCACACAUCCUCAAGAGCACACUGCCCUCCUCAGCACUGCCGCUGGCCAGCGCCACCGAGGAGGAGGAGGAGGAGGAGGCAGUGCCAAGUGCAGGGACACCACGCAAGACGAGUGACGCCGUAGUACAGACCGAGGACUUCGCCACCGCCAAGACCAACUCCAGCACAUCGCCCACACUGGAAAGCCGUGUGGGGCCUGAGCGUGGCCGCAGCGCUGGCCCGGGCCCUGGCAAGGGUGCCUUGCCCAUCUUCAGGCAUGAGCCCACAGGUAGCAGCAGCUUCCCGGGCAGCCGGCACGGCUCCCCCAGCCGUGCCGCCCGCGUCUCCCCCUUCAACUAUGUGCCCAGCCCCAUGGCCAUGCCUGCCGCAGCCGACAAGGCAGUGGAGAAAAUCCCAGCCUAGGUGCUGCUGCCAGUAGAGCCGCUCCAGUACUGCUGGAGCCGGAAGAUACCCUGGAGCUGCAGCAGUGACCCCUCUGUCGUGAACCCCUAGAACCAGCUGGGACAGUCUGGAUGGGGAAGGGGACGCAGGACGGCCGGAGGACCCACUCCCCAUCCCAUGUUUUGAUCACUUCCCCGGCACUGGAGGCAGCAGGAGGCUUUCCCGGUGGCCCUGCAGCCCUUUGCGGGAUGUGGCGAUGCUGGCACCGGGGAGGAGCCCAGGACGCUGCAGUUCCACUGCACACUUCCACUCACACAUCGGCUCUACCAUUGGCCCUGCCAUUAAGCAGCUGCUUUAUUAACGAAAGAGCAAAGAGUGGGGAAUUCAUCCCCCCCAGCUUGGGAUUGUAGCUCGGGAUCACAGCAGGGAAAGGCACAAGGAGGGUCCGGAUGAUGAUAAGCGCAGAGGCCUCUCUGCUGCUGAAAGGAGGGCGGGCGCCAGGUCGGGGAGCUGUGGGGGCGGGAUCCAGGUGCUGAUCUGGCCUGGGGGCACCCAGCUCCAGGGAAAGGGUCUGGGCCCCCUGCACUGUCUGCAGAGCCCCGGUGCUGCCCCACGGACACGGGUCCAUCCAGGACUGGACUACGCCCACAUGGCCUCCCACCAGCUUGGGAAGCAUCAGGGACCCUCUCAUGCUGCGGCCUCCCUCUGCUCCCAGUGCUCCCUUGUCUCUCCUCCUGGCUCCAGCUCUGCAGUCACUGGAGCUUCCUCGGAUAGGGCAGCUCCAGGACCAGGACUCUAUCUGGGGACACCCACGGGGGCUGCAAGGGGCAGAGGGACACGCUGCGGGUGGGAGGGCUAUGGGGCUGCCGGGGCAGCAGCCACAGGCAGGAGGGCCCAGGGGACCUUCCUAGUCCCAGCACAACCUGGGGCCACCAAAACCCCCAGCUGGGAGUUUUGGGACUGGGCAGGGACAUGCAGCUCUCAGGGACGAGAACAGCUCCCCCCAGGGAGCUGCUGCCCUGCUCUGGCUACGCGGGUGCAGCCCCCAUUUCAAACCAGCUCCCCCUGGCUCCUUAGCACUGGCUCUGGUUCCCUUCUGUGGAGCAGCAUGGGGGCUGGCGGCAGCCCCUUCUCUGCUUCUGGUGCCCCCUGCCCCCCAGCGCUGUAUUUAUGUACUAAGGAUGUUAUUUUACCAGGAUUCUGGACAGUAUUAAAAAUUAAAGGCAAACCUAUGUAA